AUGCCGAAGAAUGAGGAGGGGCAGAGUAGAGCGGAGAGGGAGUUGGCGGCACUUAAUCACUUAGCAAUCAAUACCCGCACGUACCCAAGCUCCUACCCAUGGCGCUUACUACGCUUACCUCGUAGCUACCUAUCCGACAUCGAACGUGCUAAACCACUGACUGACAUUUCAGUCGGGUUUGACGCCACAGUGACAACAGUUGCACACGACAAUGACUGUAUAAUGAGGCGGAUGGGGUUGGACGGGGCGGGGGCCGGGAGGGAUGCUGCGACAGAUCCGGAGCCGGGACGUCGCGGCGCCCGCGGAGCCGCCCAGCCCGGCGCCGCCCCCGCCAGUCGAUAG